AUGUCCGACAAGGACGGGACACGCGAAGCAGAGCGAAUGCUCGUCGACCAGCCCAUGGACGACCCAGCUGAUCUACUGGACGAGGCUGACUUCAUCGCUGGCUACAACGAGCACAACAGCGGCAUCGAGCCCAUCGAAACUGCUCCGGAACCGGAGGAAUCAGCUUCAGCCCAGGGAACGCCAGUUCCAAUGGAAGUGACGCCAAUCGAAGAUAGCAUCACCAUCCACGCGGUCGAAGAUGAGGAAAAUGAUCUUCUAGGAUCCCCAGGCCCACUGGUGAUGGAUCUUCCGACUAGCGCGGACAACUCAAGAGCGGAAGACAUGUCGCAGGACGAAGACGAUCUUCUGGCUGAACAGCCAACAUCAACUGAGCGGGAAACCGCAGGAAAGAAGAAAGUCUCGAAACCGCCUACAGCGAAUCCGCUCCCAAAGUCGCCACCGGUGGUGAUUUCGUCUGACGAAAUGGAUCAUGACCGCCCUGGUCCUUCGGGUCUCCAGCAACAACAGCAACAGAAACCACAGCGGGCGCCGGAGAAAGUGGCUGAGAAGCCUAAAAAGAAGUACCAUCCGAGGAGGAUGCAACUCUGCCCGCCGUCGAUGCGCAAAAAGCAGCCGAGCGGCCGAGUCGGGAAACCGAAAAAGAGCAUCAGACGAGGAGGCGAACGCCCACAAAAAGCAAAAGAAGGCGAAUCGGCGGAGCCGGCGAAUUCUGAUCAGAAUGCCAGUGCCAGCGGUAGUAGCGGCAAUAACAACAGCGAGUCAGCGGCAGGCGGCCAAGGUGGUGAAGGUUGGGUCAUCCCGAGACGAGACACGGGCCCGCGAUGGCCAACCACUUCGACAGCCACGCCAACUACGACGUCGACGUCUUCACCGACGGCGGAUCGAGCUGGAGCUGAAACGAGGCGAUCGCCGGGAAGAGGCCGCCCCCGCUCGAUCAUUGUGCAGCCACAAGUGAACAAUAAUCGCCAAGCCGAGGAAAGAUACGAUCCAGACCUGGCUUGGCAUCAGCGUCGCUACCGUCGGCAUUACUGGGAUCACAGACACGGCGACAUCCAGCGCGCCAAUACCAUGAAGAGGCUAUCACGAGAACUCGUGUCGUUUGCCGAUUACGCUGGCCGAAGGGGGUAUGCGAGAUACUUCCCAAACAGAACGAUGCUAAAGAUUGGGGAAUCCCAUUACUUCGGCCUAACCCCGAUCGGGCCUCCUCCGAAGCUCCGCGAAGGCAUCAAGAAAAUGUUUAUGGCCUUGGUAAACUUGAAGGAGGAAGAUAUGGGAUUACCCUGGCGGGCCCCUCGAUUUGACAUCUUCCUGGAUGAGUUGAACGAAGUGCAGCGAGCGUACUCAGAGAGACUAACAGCUCUGACGAACGCGUCCCAAGCGGGCUCGGCAACGACUCAAACUCCAGCGCGAUCGCGUCAACCAGGGGCUGAACAGCCACAACCUUCUACCAACAGACGACGAUCGUCGAGCGAAACGGAUUCCUUGCCGUCGUAUUCAACGGCGAUCAGACAAGCCCCGGCGCGCCGAAGUGUACAGCCACGUCCAGCUUCGCCUUUCAGAAUCCGAGUUGAACAAGAAGAGGCGCCAAUGGCUGUAUCUCCUGUCGCAUCUCCCGCUCGGGAUCCGGAGGUCGUCAUUACUGGAGUCAACGGAGCUCGAGCGAACGCUCCGGUCGCUGGAACUCGCCCAGAUCCGGCUGAGACCUCAGCAAACGCAACGAACAGUUGGGGCCCGAAAAAAGCACCGAAACCGGAAGAGCUGGUCCCUCCUGAAGAUCUGAUGGCUGCAAUGCCUCCGGGCGAUCAGGACCCAGUGCUCACUGAGGAGGAGAAGAAGAGAGAUGGCUGGUUUUGGCUGAUCAGCGACGCCCACUUCAACGUGGCUAGCUUGGGUAUGCGACGCUUGUCGCCCAACUACAUCAACGACUGCGGUGUGCUGGCCCCCAAAGUGACGCCUCUGUUGCGCCGAAGAACGAAGUUCGAGCAGGACCUGCUGGCUCUUGGAGUGACGAAGACCGUACACCCGGACAAGCAUCGCGCUCGAUUGGAUGAGUUCAUGGUCAAGACCGGCGAUGAAAAUCGCGUAUUGAUGCUAGCGACCCAAACUGUCCUCUGCUCAGACGACCAGUGGUUCGAUGUCAUGAGCAUGUUGCGCGAAUUCGCGUUCAAGGCCUCCCCGGAUCGCUUUCCGCUCUUCGAGUUGAUGACGGUAGUCGUCAACGAAGCCUUCAACCAAGGUGGACCCGCCGUUCGGCGCUUCGCACAUCGAGCGGCGGAGCGUAUCCUGAAAUGGGGACUCGACGAAGCUCGCCACAUCAAGGGGAUCCCCGUGACGCUACAAGAAGCUCCUAGCCUUGGGACUUCGUUCGAAGGCGACUACUACGUCAACGCUACGCAUUAA